CCGCGAAAGAUUUGUAAUAACAGUACCAUUAAAGAUAUAUUACAUAUAUCACUGCAAUAUAAUAUACGUGUGGUAUGUUAUAUGCGCUGCCACUUUGGUUUCCCUUUUCCAAAGGACUUUUUAACAACUUAGUUUUUAAGGAGAUAUACCAGGAGGAGAGUGAUGGAGACAUAGAGAGGAAUAGGAGAUUCGGAAAUUGAGUAGAAACGUUUGGUGACAGCAGUCAAGGUAGAUGUUGUUGAAGGGAAAAAGAGGAAGAUUGUUAAAAAGAAAGAGUGAAGAAGAGAGAUGGUAAGGAUUGAGGGAAAAAGGAGAGAAGAAAAUGCGUAAACCGUGUGCACGGGAACGAGAUUAUUCGGGAGGAGCAACAAAAGGGAACACUCGAAAAAGUAAGAAAAGUAAGAAGGGUAAGGGACCCGACCAAAGGAAUAAGACAAGCAAGACAUACACAAUGGAAAGUGAGAGGGAACAGAGUGAAACACAAAGACUUCAUGGUUUGGAUGUAGUGUGUAACCUCUUUACUUGGAAUAAGGAUAAAUAAUAAUGGAGAAAACAGCUUUGUAUCUUUUAUUUAAUUAACGUUUGUACAUUAUAUUGUAAUAGAACACUUAUUGAUUUCUACGUUAUUAAUUGUCUUUGUUAUGUUUUAGAAAAUAUCAAGUAUCCUGUUAAAGCACCUGUAAGCACAAUGGAAAGUGAGGGGGGAAUAGAGUAAAACGAGAAGGCAGAAAGGAAGAUAGAAAUAAAGAAGUCAAGAAGUGAAAAAGUAAGGAAUAGAGUUACAAAAGUGUGGAAGAAAUGAGGAAAGAGAUAAAUAAGAAAGUAAAGAAUGUAAGAUAAAGAAAUAAGGAAUUAAGGAAGAAAUAAAUAUAGAAAAAGAAAAAGGUUGGCAAUUUUUCGGAACUAAAAAAGAUGCUCCCCGCGAAAAUGCAAUUAAGAUAUAAGGAUAUAACGUUAUCAGGAAAGUUAAGGAAAUAAAGAGAAACAAAUAAAAAUGAAAGAAAUGAAGUAGAAGUUGAGGUAAAGAAAUAUGGGUGCAAAUAGGAAAUGAAUAAGGAAAAUAGGAAGCAAAGAUUUCAAUAGGUUGACAGAAUCGAGGAGUUCAGUAUGAGAGACUUGCUCUUGGAGGAAUGAGAGCACAAAGCAAAUGAUAGCUUCGGGCCUGCGUAGGCGCUUAUAUGAAUAUAAUCCCUACUUCACUGAUACACCCGACGAACGCGCUCCCACUCUGAUGAGAAAUUUUUAGAUUUGUACUUGCUCUACAUGUUCCUGUCCGAAUUUUUUUAUUUGUAUAAACUAUCAUACUUAGGGGAAGAUGCAUCUUUCGUCAUAUGUGCACGUUCCGAUUCUUGAACGACAUAGACAAUUUUAAACCAAGGAAACAGGCGAGGUUGCUCUUACAGAAUAUUGACAGUGCCAAAUUUCAUAACGCGUCCCUAUCUAGUGGUACAAUGAUUAAAUUAGACGAAUGUGAUAUGCUAUAAUUAUGGUGCAAGGAUUCAAAAUAAAAUGUAUUACCGCUAGAUGAUAAAUAGUGAGAUAAGUUAGACAACAAAAUACUGAAUGUUUUGUGGAUUAAAAUUUUAUCUCGCCACAUCAAAUUGUUAAAAUCAACACCUGUUAUUCAAAUAAACAAUUGAAUUUGGUAUAACUAUUUUAAUAAUUUGGAAUCUCACCAUUAUAUUUGCCGCGUUUUCUCAGCCUAUGCGGAUCACAUGUGUUACUUUACCGUGGUUAACGUAGUGUAACGUUGGUUUAUUAAAGAAUAAUUAUAUUGAUGUUUGUGCUAUUUACCUUCGUUUUAUACUGUGCACCGCAUUUUACGUAAUAAUUAAACAAUGAAGAAUCCACCCGAUCCCCAAGAUAUACAGGAUUUUCAGUUCAAACAAUCAGGUGUUGAACAGUUAUGUGAUGCCUUUACAACAAUUCCCACAUCAUGUAGUCUUGUGGCUGCUGAUGGGAAAAGAGGCUUACUCUAUGUAGCUUGGAGCAAUAAAAUUACCAUAUUGAAACCUGGUAUUGAUGGCACUGAACGGAAAUUGGAACAUGCUUUUCCAAAUACUAUUUCCCGCAUUACUCUCAACUGUGACUGUUCGUACUUGGCAGUUACGUUCUCUCAACCAGCAGCCUCAAUAUACAAUGCAGCCUCUCUUGUAAAGAAUCAACUAGAACUAUUGCAAGAGAUUCGAUUAUCUCCUUCGAAUGAAAAUGUCUUUGUCUUUGAUAUCCGAUGGAAUCCUUGCAUACCAGGAAUGCUCUGUACAAUAACAAGUGACCACACAAUUGGUAGUUUUCAAAUAAAGGGCGAUGGAAAGGGAGGUGUGGGUUUGUCAGGACUUGAAAGAAUAGCUGGAGUCGAGGCACUCUGCGCAGCAUGGAGUCCGAAGGGCAAACAGCUUGCAGUAGGUUGCAAGAAUGGUAAUAUCGUGCAACUAAAGCCGGAUUUAAAAAUUGCCAGAACAAUUCUGAGCCCGUCGCCAAGCAUUGGAGAAAUAAUAGCAGUAUUAUGGAUCAGUAAUUACCAAUUUUGUGCUGCAUACCUAGACCCCAACGAACAAAGGAUCAAUGUACUAAUAGUCGACGCACCGAAAGGUGCAGCCAGUGGAAUUUUUACUUGCUAUGACGACAUAACUUAUGGAAUGCCAGAAGCCGAGGGUGCUGAAAGCACUCCCCGGUAUUAUUUCGAACACAUACCGGAGUGGGAUAUCAUCAUAGCUGCCAGUAGUAGCAGCAGUGAAAUAGCUAUAUUAGGAACUCAUGAUUCUGGAACCACCUGGGUGCAGUGGCAGUUGGUAGACAAUGGUAGAGCUCAGCUACCCUUCAUCAAGAGACGCGAAAGUUAUCCAGUUGGUUUAGCUGUGGAUAAAUCCUCCACUGUGAAAUUACCUUGGGGUACGGAGAGCACUCUACCUAAUCCAGUACCAAUGCUCCAUAUAUUUGGCACAUCCGGACAACUCUGCAGUUUUCAUAUGAUAAACCUAAAACCCAAUUGCCCUGCUAUCUGUAAACCACCUACGGAAAUAAUCACUAUCUCAGAGCAACCAAGACCUAGUAUCGUACCUUCUGAGAUGUCCUUCAGCUUAAACAGUGGCAUCACUAGUACACCUUUGCCAAAGCAGACUGGAGGCAAUCUAGAAAGACCAAAAGAUGCACCGGUGUCAAAUCUCUUUGGAAGUCUUCCCCAGGUUGAACUGAAACAACCAAAACCAAUUGUUACUAUACAGCAAACGAAACCAGUAAAUGUUCCUACAGAAAGCAUAGAACCUAAACCAAAACCUAAUGAAUUAAAAGCUACUCCUUUGAAUGAGCCUGAUGUUCAGGACACUACUGCUAUCGAUGAGAGUCUAUGUCUUGAUGCUUUUCGGGAAGAGAAGGAACAUUUCGAGAAAGAAUUGAAGACCAAACUGGAGCCACUUGUUCUUGAAACAAUUACAGACGAAGAACGUAGAAUUCUCAGUGAAAGAGUUGCGCUGAUAGAUGAGUUCUUUAGAGAACUUCAAGGAGCCACAAAAAGUCUAGCAAGUGAUGUUGCCUGCUUGAAAGCUUUACUUUUGCAGUCGUUUGCCUGGGCGGAGGAAACAAAAUCAAAAAAUUCAACAAAUAUGAGUGAUACCAUCAGACAUCGUGGUGAAUCCAGCAAACUUGCUGAGCUACAACGAAUGAUGUAUUACGUACAAUCCCAACUGAUCCAAGCAACCAAAUUCCUGGACCUUGAAUGGACUGAACAGGAAUCUCACAAGAGGGAAAAAAUGAAGAUACCCAGCCUGGAGUUUAUCUACCAAAGCUUAAUGCGUCAGACACAAAUAAUUGCCAAAGAGAAAACAAAGAUUGAAGUUCAGACCAAGAAGUGGAAGUCACUUACACGCGGAAGCAAUGUUUCAGAUUUAAAUUCAUCAAUGUCUAAUCUGAACCUAUCUUUAUCCACGAAUGUUAAUGGCGGUGCUAUAGAUUCGCGUUGUAAAGCAAUAGCCAAUAAGGCGUUUAACUUCACCGAAGAAAAGCAACGUAAAUUAAGGAAUCUUUUUAGAGAAUCAACACCUAGAGUGAUUAAGGCUGUUGAUCCAACUCCUGCACAGGAUAGGCUCAAGGCUAUUUUGUCUUCAUUGGCCAGGAUGGCUCCAGUAACGACAGAGAGCAAACCCAAAUCUAAAAGAACACCUAGCGUGGAACGAGUUACAUUAGCACAACCUCCCAUUCAUGCACCUACAGAGGUUCCAGAAAAUGCACUAACUUCAUUAAACAAUAUAGUUGCCAGGAUCAGUUCGUCCAUGGGCUCUCCAGGCUUACCUGCACAGGAUCCUUAUGACUUAACUAAGUCCUUGCCUAAAGUAUCAACAUCAGUAUUGUCCACAUCGAAUACUGCGGCUUUUGCAACCCCCAUAGGGAAGUCACAAAAUGCACCAUUACACUUUACGGCAAAGGAUAACUUGCCAAAGGCUAAGGAUCCUGUUGAUGUAUCUUUUAUGGAUGCACUGUCAUUCAACAGUACUUCUCUGAAAGAACCUGUAGUGACUACUCCGCCCCAUGCAUCGCAAUCAAGCAGAACCCCGGUAUCAUCUAAACCACAGACUACAGGAUUUCCUUUAUUCACUGUUUCUUCAAAGACGAAACCUGAAUCUACCAAGGAACCAGUUGCUUCAGCCUCCGAAGGAGUUUUUCUUAAGAGUAACAUGUCUACUCCAGUGUCCAGUAAGAAUACCAGCUCGCUUAGUACACUAGCCAAUGUUACAAGUAAUGCACCAGCCACAACUGGAGCUUUCACGACAAUGAAUACACUUCUUUUCCCUGGAACGAGCGCACCAGAUGUAUCUGCCUUUGGCGCAACUAUUCCUAGUUCAGUAAUACUUUCUAAAUCUUCAACAUUUGUUACAACUAAUACGACACCUACAAUUGGUCCUACUCUCACGACAACAUCAUCUACACUUGCUUUCACUGCUGCUUCUCCUGGUCUAGGAACCUCCGUGUUCAGUGGAAACACCAGCAGUAGUACACCCGCAGCAUCCAUAUUCAGCGGAGGAGCUUCAAGUAAACUUCCGUUUAGUAAAGGAACAGCGAGUCCAGGAGUAGCUUCUGUCUUUGCUGGAGUUCUUGGCAAUGCGGGAAGCCCUACUUCAAAGACGUCGGUAAUCACUAGUGCUGGUGCUGCACCGAUAGCGCCUGCCUUUGGAAAAGGUACUAUAAGCACUCCAACAUUACCUGCCUUUUCUGCUACCGCAGCUGGCCCUUCCCUUUCUUCUAUGUCAAUAAGUGAUACAUCGCCAGCAGUGUCAUCCACAGGAACAUCUGGAUUCUUUACAACGCCCAUUUUUGGUAAAGAUGCUACGUCUCCCACUGCUGCUCCAAACACAUCACUAUUCGGUGGGGCUACUUCAAUGACAGAAUCAUCACCUGGAAGUGGAAAUCUUUUCAAUAAAACGGUAUCGACUCCAGCAUCGACUACGGGAACAAAUGUAUUUGGCGGUACACCAAGUGCUUCCUCACCUACGUCCAUCUUCAGUAAACCAGCAUCUCCUUCGUCUCAGUCUACCGGAACUGUAUUUGGAGGUUCUGCUGUGUCGACCUCUACUACAGCCGCUGGGGCGAAUAUCUUCGGCGGAACAGCUAGUGCAACCCCAACAUCGUCAACCGGGACAAAUAUUUUUGGAAGCACAGCUCCUGUAUCCACAGCAACGAAUAUAUUUGGAGGUGGCACUGCGUCAUCUACAAGCACAAAUGUAUUUGGCAAAGCACCAGCCACAACGUCUACAGGAAAUAUAUUCGGCGGUUCAAUAGUUCCAACUUCGACCCCAUCCGCAGGAACAAUAGUUUUCGGUAGUCCACCGGCUCUGGCUGCAACAUCAUCUGCAGCGACUAAUGUAUUUGGCAAUGCACCUGCUCUUGCUGUAUCACAACCCUCAGGAAUAUUCGGCGGUACGGCAUCGACCCAGGCUUCAUCGUCUGGAACAAACAUGUUUGGAGGUGCUGCAACUUCUUCUCUACCAUCUUCAGGCACAAAUUUAUUCGGAGGAGUUCUAUCCUCGCCACCUGUGUGCUCUACUGGAACAAAUGCAUUUGGUGGUGCUGCAACUACCUCCUCACCAGGUUCCAUCUUCAACAAAGCUGCUGCACCUGCUGCAUCGGCGUCCUUUGGCGUAUCUCCACAAGCGGCCUCGAAUACUUCAAUCUUCAGUCAAGUUUCCCCAGCCUCCUCCACCACCUCGAUGUUCGGUGGUGCGUCCAGCAAUGCAGCAUCCGGCAUAACUUUUGGAGAAAAAUUACCCACAAGCAUGCCAACGUUUGGAAGUUUCGAUGCGAAUCAACCGAAGCCUACGGGUUCCAUAUUCGGAGGUUCUGGACAAUCAUCACCGGGAAUGCCAGUAGGAUCGUCAAUGGGCGCCCAAGCCCCUGCUGCAGCAUUUGGUCAAGCACCAGCCUUUGGAUCUAAACCGAUUUUUGGAAUGUCUUCUCCCGUAGGAGGAAGUACCUUUGGUACGACAACAUUUGGAGCUCCAGCAUCUACAGGAUUCGGUAACACAUUGGGAGCAAGUCCUAUGCCAGCACCAUUUGGAAGUUCUACGGAUAAUAAUACCUUUGGAUCACUCAGUGCCAUGACCAACAAGACUUCUCUGACCUUUGAUAGUUUAGCCCGAAAAGCACCUGAAGAAAAACAAAAUUUAUCAUUUCAAGGAGGAAGUUCCUUCCAAAGUUGGCGAUAAUUAUUGGAUCUCAAAAUCGUCAUUUCUGUCAAGACUGUUUCGCUAUUGAAUGACUAUCGGAUAAAAGUUUUGUCAGUCAAAACUCAAGAUUUUCUAUCCUUUUUAAUGUGUUAAAUAAAGUCCAUAAAUGUGGUAUGAAUUUUA